AUGCAAGAACGAGCUAUCCACAUUUCCUCAAUAAACAGAGAAAAAAGAGGAGUAAGCAGACCUGGUGAUUUUACUAUUAAGUUUAAUCCAUCUCUGAAACUUGACCCCGAAAAGAAACAUCAACUUGCUCUUGAUCGGUUGUCCAUGACAUAUUCUUGGUACAACAUUAGAAGUGAUUAUGGAAACAAUAAAAUUAAAUACACCCAUGAUGGAAGGAGUUGGCAAACAAUUACUUUUACAGAUGGAAUGUAUUCAUACUCAGAUAUUAAUGAUUACAUUCAUCAAUAUAUGACUCAAAAGUCUCAUCACUCAACAGAUUCGGGUGGAAAGAAAACUUAUUCAAUCAAUCUAACUUUUGUACUAUCUACCUAUCGAGUGUUAGUAUCACUUAAAAGUAAUUAUCAACUUGAUCUUAGAGGAACAGAUUUUGGAGACCUAAUUGGAUUUGAAAAGAAACUUAUUACAGAAACAGAGUAUGGAACAAAACUACCAAAUAUAACCAAUUCUAUUGAUGUUUUGAAUAUUAACACAAGCGCAAUAACUGAUAGUAUUGUAAAUGGAAUAAACACAAAUACCAUUGCUGUGGUACCAACAGACAAUCUCACAAGGUCUUUUCCAUUUACAUUUGAACCUAGAAGGCCUUUAUAUUGCCCAGUCUCUAGAUAUCAUAUUGAUGAAAUUAGAAUCUAUGUUACAGACUCACUUGGAAGACCGGUAAAUUUUAAUGGUAUAGAUUGGUUUAUGACUCUAAUACUUCACUCAAUGUAAUGGGGGGAUUGCAUCCCCCCAAAACCCCCCUGCUGCUACGCUAAUAAUCAUUUUGUAUAAUUAUUAAAAUAAAAUGGCUCGCCAAUCAGAGUAUAAAAAGAGACUUAACCCUGAAUCAGGGAAAUUUACAAGACAACAUAUCUAUGGAGAAGGAAUAACAGAUAUGUUUAAAUCAUUUGGUUCAAAAUUAUUUGGAAAGACAAUGAAAAAAGCUGCUAAAAAGGGUGCUCAAAAAGCGAUAACAGCAGCUGCAACAAAAACUGGUGAACAUGUUGGUAAAAAGGCUGGUGAUAAAAUAGUGCAAAUGUUAUCAAACGGGGGGGUUGCACCCCCCCGAAACCCCCCUGCAAAAAAAGUUACUUUUAAUAAAAAUGUUGCAAUAAUACCAAACACUCAAAAAGAGAUAAAUAAAAGAGUAAAUGCCAUUCUUAGUGGAGGUUCAACACAUAAUAAAUUUAUAUAAUUAUUAAAAUAAAAUGAAGUCUUUUAGAAAUCCAGAAUAUUUAGAAAGAUAUGAAGAUGUUGUUUUUGACCUUGAACAGGCUUUAGCAACACCUGGAAAUAAUGCUCAUCAAACUAAAACAGGUCAUAGAUUUGUUGCUGAUAACACAGGAGAAGCUACUCCUUUUGAUUGGUAUAAUGCGCGAUUUGCAGUAGAUUUCAAAGUUAAUCAGCUGGCUAAUGGAGCUAAUAUAGAUGCAGAUGGAGAUCAAAUUGGAAUAGUAAAUGGAAGUAGUUCUCUUAUAGAAAAGUUAUCCAUCCUGGCAAAUGGUCGAGAUGUUUACAGUUGCAACUAUGCUAAUCAUAUAGUAAAUAUUAAGAAUUUGCUUGAGUAUAAUCCAUCUUAUGUAGAGAGUGUUGGCACAAAUGAAUUUUACUAUCUUGAUACAACAAGAAAUGCUGAAAGAAAUAAAUUCACAAAAAGGCAAGUAACUCACAGACGAAAUGCAGCUAAUAACGCUGAUGAAGCAGGAUUGAUGAUAGAUGAUGUUGAAGCUGAUUAUAACAGAGGUUUUGCAGUUAGAAAAGCACUAUUAGGUGACUCAGCAACAGUAAGAUGUGAAAUUCCUCUUAACAGAUAUUCUUUCUUUGAAUCAUUAGAGGAUAAACUUCUUCCAAAUACAAAAAUUGAAUUGAAUAUUGAACUAGAAUCAGAUAACAAUCUUAUCUGGCGAGUUGGAGGAAACAAUUGUAGAGUUAUACUUACAAGAUUUCAAUUAUUUAUACCAAGAAUAACAUUUAACAAAAAAGGUCAAGAAAUAUACUUGCAAAAUUAUCUUAAACCUUAUAAAUGGAAGUAUUUAAAUGAAGUAGUAGAGCGAUCAAAUAACACUCAACAACAAACAGGACAAUUUAGAAUAACGAAUGCAAUCUCAAAACCUCGUCAUGUUUUUGUUUUUGGAAUUAACACAGCUAAUAUUAAUACACAAACAGAAAAUCCAUUUUUAUACAAUACUUUUAGUUUACCAAAUAAUGCUAAUAUAUCUCGCUGUCAUCUCGAGGUUGGAAAUGGAAAUAAUUACCCUGAUAUUCAUUUUAGACCAGCUACAGAUCCAGCAAGAGUUUUCAGAGAAGUAAUGGGUUAUGUUUACGCAAAUAACGACUUUCAAGGUGGAACACUUCUUAAUAGGUCAAAUUUUGAAAAUCUUUUCCCUUUUAUUUAUUUUGAUCUUACAAAACAAAAAAUGGAUAUCAAAGAUGGAGUUACAAAACUAUCGUUUCAUUAUGAAUUAUCCGCCAACCCAAACGCUAAUUAUAAUAUUUACGCUAUAGUGCUUCACGAAAGAGAAGCAGAAAUUGAACAGGAAGGAGGAAAACUAUUACUUAGAGCAUAGGAAGCUACACCACAUAUGAUUUAAUAUAAUCAUUUUAAUAAAUGACUACUUAUUUUGAAUAUGGAGUAAAACUUACAGAUGGACAAAAGUUAAAACUUGUAAGUGCAAUCAGAAAUAAAUCACCACUAACUCUUAGAAUAAAAAACUCUCAUCUUCAAGGUUCUGAUGAGUUAAUGCUAACCCAAAGACAAAUAAAUAAAAUAAAAAAAUCACUAGCAAAUGGCACAGGAUCUGAUAUAAAAAUAAGUAAAACUCAAAUUAAACACUCUGUAAAACAAGGAGGAAGUUUAUUUUCUUCACUCGCAUCUCUUGGAGCGCAAGUACUACCUUACGCUAUAAAAGGAGUUUCAAAAGCUGUUCCUGCAUUAGCAACUGGUGCUGCUACUGCACUUGGAGAAAUUGGAUUAAAUAAGAUAUUUGGAAGGGGGGGAGGCACUCCCCCCCAAACCCCCCUGCUAAAAAAUGGAAUAACAAUUCCCCCACAGUUUUUCCCAAUGUUACCACCUCUUGUAAGAGAAUUUACCAAAUCACAAAUAAAUCAAAUUAACAAAGCUUAUAAAACAGGUGGGCGAUUGGUUAUAAAACCAACUCAUAAACAGAUAGAAGGAGGAUUUCUUGGAACUCUUGCAUCUAUUGGAAUCCCAAUGGCAAUUAGUUUAGUAUCUAAGAUGUUUGGUGGGGGACUUCAGGUUGAUAGACGUGGAUCAUCUAAUACAUCAAAUGUUUACGUUCCACCUCCUCCUCCUCCAUCCACACAUGGUGAAGGUUAUCCUUAUUACCCACCACCCUUUAUUGGUACAUGGUCCAACCCAAUUGGAAUGGGGGUUAAAAAAAAAAAGCCCAAAUCCAAAGGUUCAGGACUACUACUAGGAAAAAACAGCCCAUUCAACUCAAUUCCCAUACUAGGAAACAUUUUGUAAUGGGGGGAGUGCCUCCCCCCAAAACCCCCCUGCUCACUUCCUUUGUUAUUAAACCUCUAUCCAACUUUGACCUUAUGGAAUGGAUAAAAAGACUUGGUAUUAAUCAUUUUAGAGGAAUUUACAGUAGGGAUGGACUACCUAAAAAGAUUAGAAAAGAAUGUGGAAUAAUUAAUCUAGAUGAUAUAACAGGUCCUGGAACACAUUGGGUUUGUUAUAGAAAUAUAGACAAUGUAGUUGAGUACUUUGAUCCUUUUGGUCUAAUAAUGCCAAAUGAAGCACUUGAGUAUUUUCAUACUUCUGGAAAACGUAUAGUUUACUCAAUGGAUGAAAUACAAAAUCGCAAUACUGUUCUCUGUGGUUAUUGGUGUUUAUAUUAUCUGUUUGAGAGACAGCGGGGUAAUAGUAUUCUAAAUGUAAUACAUAACCCACAUUUCGAUAAUGACAACAGCGAUUUUAUAAAAGCAUACUUUGGAGGAUAAAAAUAAUAUUUAUUAAAUAUUAUUUUUUUAUUCACUAUCUUCUGGUAAAUUUUUUAGUUUCUUAACACUCUCAACUUUUUUAUUUAAAUCUUUAACACUAUCAACUAUUUCAUCAAAUUUCAAAUAAAUUUCAAUAAGACGAAAAAGUUUAUUCUUUUUAUCACUAUCUAUUUUCAACCAAGAAUAUUCCUCAUUUUGAAUUUUUCCCCAAAUCUCACAUUCACCACCCAUUAGUAUUCUAGAAAGAUCAUCAUUACUCUUUCUAAGAGUUUCAAACUCAUUUACUAUUUUUUUUCUUAAUUCUUUCUCAAAAUCUUUGAGUGUUUUAACAUCCAUCUUUUUUUCUAUCUCAGAAAAGAAUUUGGCUUCCAUUUAUUUAUAUAAAUAGAUAAUUAGAUCUAUUAGUCAUAUUUAUCUAAACAUUAUAUUAAAUGAAAGAAUCAUAUUGUAUUGUAGAUAAAAGAGUAACUCCUUGCAUAGAGCCAAGUGGUUACCAAACUGAUAAAAGAGGUAGAACUCAAUUCUUUUGUAGAUGCGCAGUUUGUGGAAACAAAAAAGUUAGAUACGUUAAAACUGGAUCAGCUUCUCAAACUGGAAGUGGUAAAAAGAGAAAAACAAAAAAGAAGUCAAAAAACUAAUCAGCCCGUCUGAAGGGGCGGGCGUUUUUGAUACUGUUGUUGGUACUGCAGUUGAUGGAUUUGUUCAUUACGGUUUACCUUGGAUGGGUAAAAAAGCAGUUGAAAUGGGGCGAUAUGGAGCAAGCGAGUUAAUGAGAAAUAAAAAUCUUCAGAAGAAAGCUGUAAAUUAUGGGAUUAGUAAACUCACUCCAUUUAUUCAAGAUUCUGUUGGAACAGCUAUGGAUCAGUUAUCAACCAAAGUGAGACCAAAUAAAAAGUAUAAAACUGAUAGACCAGAAUUAGAUGGAAAAGGAAUAGAUAUUCACAAUGCUAUUCUCAAAGUGGCACCAAAAAAAGGUUUCGUUUUACCAGGUCAUAAUUAUACCGGUCCUGGUAAUCCUCUUCAUAAUCAACUACGUCAUGAUGAUAAUGGAAAUAUAUUAGAAAUCUACCAACAACCAACAGGACCAACUGAUGCAGUUAGU